UUUUCUCAUCAAAUUCGCUUUCACAAAGAGAAAAGAAACAAACUAUGUCGACGACGAAGAAGAUGAUCAUGUUGAAGAGCUCCGAUGGCCAGUCGUUCGAGGUUGAAGAAGAGGUCGCGAUCCAAUCGCAGACCAUAGCGCAUAUGGUUGAAGACGAUUGCGCCAAAACCGAGAUCCCUCUUGCUAACGUGACGAGCAAGACUCUUGCCCUAGUGAUGGAGUACUGCAAGAAGCACCACGUCGAUGAAGCUAACCCUAUCCCCGAGGAGAAACUCAAGACCUGGGAUAAGGAGUUCAUGGAAACAGAUCAAUCCACGAUCUUUGAUCUCAUUCUUGCUGCGAACUACCUGAACAUCGCAAGCUUGCUUGACCUGACGUGCCAAACUGUUGCUGAUAUGAUCACGGGCAAAACUCCAGACCAGAUUCGUACACACUUCAACAUUAAGAAUGAUUUUACACCUGAGGAAGAAGAAGAGGUUCGCAAGGAGAAUCAAUGGGCUUUUGAAUGAGCGCAUCAUGGAAUCAAAAAAACAUUAAGCAGCUUUCUUUGCUUUUUCUUUUAGUGUGUGGUUUGCCUUUUUCUUUUC